CUCGCUCUGCCUCUGUGUGGUCACGCGCAGCCGCCGUACAUGUUGUGAACUGACGGAUCAGGUAAGCGCUGUUAAUUCAGCCUGUCUGCGAAGCAACAACAGGUGAAUGAAUGACCGCGACGAAGGCCGUGCUCAUUUAUCGCCACAACAUCAAGGAAAUAAAGAUGUGAUGUGGAAUAUUUUAGUCGGAAUUGUCUGGCUUUAAAGUUGGGACGCGUCGCAGACACUUGCCCGAGUCACUGCAGGAGAUUGUGAAUUAAGGUACUGAGGUCAGACAUGUUGUCAGGGGAGGAAAUCAUAUGCAGCACCCAGCAGGUCAUCGCAGGGCUGGAAGCUUUGCGUGGAGAGAACCGCACGCUGCUGGACAGCCUGCAAGACACGCUCCAGAGCCAGAAGUCCAGCGAGAGCGGCAGCCUGGAGCAGGAGAAGACCAGCAUCAUUUUAGAGUCUCUGGAGAGGAUUGAGCUAGGCUUAGGAGAGGCACAAGUAAUGAUGGCGCUGUCAGCACACCUGGGCUCCUUGGAGGCAGAGAAGCAGAAGUUGCGUGCUCAGGUGCGGAGGUUGUGCCAGGAGAACCAGUGGCUGAGGGAUGAGCUGGCCCGGGCCCAGCUGCAGCUACAGGAGCGGGAACAGGAAGUGGUUACUUUAGAGGAGCAGAACAGACACCUGCAGUUCAUGAGCAGCAUCCGCAAGUACGACCACGAAGAGCCGCCACUGGAGGAUAAAGAUGCUUCUUCAGGAAAGGAAUCCCUUGAUGAUCUCUUUCCUUCUGAAGAAGAGGAGCAAUCACACAUGUCUCGGCCACACAGUAGUGCCGCCGCCGCUGCCCAGCAGGGAGGAUAUGAGAUCCCUGCCCGACUGCGAACGCUCCACAACCUGGUGAUCCAGUACGCCUCUCAGGGCCGCUACGAGGUGGCCGUGCCACUCUGCAAGCAAGCUCUGGAGGACCUGGAGAAAUCCUCGGGCCACAGCCACCCAGAUGUUGCAACCAUGCUCAAUAUCCUGGCUUUAGUGUACAGGGAUCAGAACAAAUACAAGGAAGCUGCCAAUCUCCUGAAUGAUGCAUUGGCCAUCCGCGAGAAGACGCUAGGCAUGGACCAUCCAGCAGUGGCAGCUACUCUGAAUAAUCUAGCCGUGUUGUAUGGAAAAAGGGGGAAGUACAAAGAGGCGGAGCCACUAUGUAAAAGGGCUCUGGAAAUCAGAGAAAAGGUGCUUGGGAUGGAUCACCCCGAUGUAGCCAAGCAGCUGAAUAACUUAGCCCUCCUAUGCCAGAAUCAGGGCAAAUACCAGGAGGUGGAGCAAUACUAUGAACGUGCCCUGCACAUUUACCAAAGCCAGUUGGGUCCUGACGAUGCCAAUGUGGCCAAGACGAAGAACAACCUGGCCUCCUGUUACCUCAAGCAGGGUAAAUACAGGCAGGCUGAGGCUCUUUAUAAAGAGAUUCUGACUCGUGCUCAUGAGAAGGAGUUCGGCUCAGUGGAGGGGGACGGGCGACCUGUUUGGAUACAUACGGAGGAGGGAUGCUCUAGACAGGAUGGUCUAGGAAGUCUAAAGCGCAGCGGAUCAUUUACCAAGCUCCGGGAAUCCAUAAGACGAAGCAGCGAAAAACUUGUUCGGAAGCUGAAAGGAGUCGGAACACAAGAAACGACCCCUCGAGCUGCUGGGAUGAAGAGAGCCAAUUCUCUCAAUGUGCUUAAUGUGGGUCUUAAAGAGAAUCAAGAGGCUGCUAUGAAGCCCAAGAGGCUGACAGACACACGAGGUCUGAGUUCCAGCACGCAGAGUUUAGCCCGCCGCUCGUCUCUGGGUGGAGACAGCUAACCUUCAGCCAUACACCAGGACACCUUGAAGAGAUGUCAACAUCUGAAUGGUCUGUUAUAACUGCAGAGAUCGUAUUUGACAAUAACAUGUGAAAUAGUAUGUGACAAUGAAUGCGGUCUGUCAAAGUGCUCCUGGGAACAGGAAGCACACUUUGGCUUUACAGAAAUAAGCAGCUUUUUUUUACUUUGUUGAAAUCAGUUUGAUCUGUUGUUGUUUUUUUAAAGUCAGUUGCAUUAUAAAAAGUCACAGUGAAUUUUAACUUAUUGCAUUCCAAAGCUAAGACCAGAUUGACGUUUUCCUAAUAAUACCAUCCAAUAUUAAUACAUAUUCAUUCCUAUGAUUACUAUAAUUUUUCCACAACCUUCAGCAGGAUGCUGGGGUUUUAGUUGUUGUUGUUGCUUGGCAAAAUUUUGUGGGCAAAAUACAGUAAUUUCAAUUGUGCGAGAGGAAAAAGUUGCACGUGCAAUUUUGUCACAUCGACCAACUUUCUGCCUGGUUUGAAAGUAACUUCUGUGUGAGCUUCAAGCUUCAUACUAUAGAAAAUGUAUUUUUGCCCAUGAGUUUUCUCCAAAAUUUUGCUAAUGUUACUGCACCUUAACUCUGUUUAUUUAGAAUAUUGUAGUAUUAUGUGAAAUAUAUUCCAUGUUCUCACACCAUCAUGCAGUAAAAUUAUAGUAUUGGAAUUAAACAAUUUCAAUUGCACACAAAUCUUAAAAUCAGAUCUAAAUGUACUUAAAAUUCCUAAUUAAAGCUACAUGUUACAUUCCAAAAUAAAUUAAAUGCUGAGGUAAUGUCAAAAAAUUAUGGUACUUGUGCCUAAAAAUUAAGGGACUUUUUAUUUUUCAAUUUCAAGCACAUAUUGUAUGUAUAAAUAUAAAUACGAGAGGAUAUGCUAUACUAUUGUUUUAGUUUUGGUACUUAUCACUAUAGGAUUUUAUAAGAGCAGAACUUCAGGGUACAAGAGUAAUUUACAGUAUAUAACGUGAAUCUAGUUUAGUUGAAGUAGUUAUUGAGAGGUAUUUGGACCUAUAAUUCAAUGAGUUGUUACAUAAUCUAAAUAGUUGUACAUGCUACAUGGUUGAAUGUUACAGUACAUAUUCACAUAUGAGCUUAAAAAGUAUACAGUAUGUACACAAUGUUGCUGAUGAACCAAAUAAAAUUGUUCUA